UUGAAUAACGAUCGGCUUUCAAACGGUCUGCAAAUUUCGUUCGAUCUAGUUGUGUGUUGAUCCUGUUUGGUCCUGUGGCCGGUGAAUCCUUUGUCAUUGGUUUUUUUUUGCUUACCAUUGAACGUCCAUAACGUGUGCCUUUUUAUUUUGUUGGAUUUUAACUUUUUACGAGAUUGUCUAAUAUUUUGUUGAGGAUUUUGUUAUUUUUGAAUUGUGUGAACUUAUCGUAAAAGGAGAUCAUGAGUGCAGAGAAUUCUGGUGUUCCUAACAACCGGCUUUCAGCCUACAAACAUGGAGUCAAAAGUAAUACGGAACUCCGUCAAAAACGCCACGAGGUCACGGUGGAGCUGCGCAAAAACAAGAAAGAGGAUCAACUCUUCAAACGUCGCAACAUCCAUAGCGAGGAACCAACCGUCACGUCUCCAUUGCAAGAAAACAACGCCCAGAGCCCUAUCGCGCUGAAGUUCGAGGAAAUCAUCGCCUAUAUAAGCAGCAAUAAUCCGCAGAAAGAAUUCGCAGCCGUCCAAGCUGCUAGGAAGAUGUUAAGUCGAGAGAAGAAUCCACCGAUCGAUAAAAUGAUUGGCCUGGGACUCGUCCCCAUAUGUGUCAAGUUUCUGGAUAAGUUUGACAGGGUGGACUUGCAGUUUGAGGCAGCUUGGGCGCUGACAAAUAUUGCAUCUGGAACGUCCGAGCAGACCAAGGCCGUUAUUGAUGCUGGGGCAGUUCCUCGGUUCAUUGCGCUGUUGAGUUCUCCUUCGGGCAACGUUGCCGAACAAGCGGUUUGGGCUUUGGGUAAUAUUGCCGGUGAUGGCGCUAAAGCGCGUGAUAUUGUGCUGGAUUAUAACAGCGUUGAAGCAAUCAUUUAUCUGGUACAAAGCUCCAACACACAGAUAUCGUUCCUGCGCAAUAUCGUAUGGCUGAUGUCCAACUUAUGUCGAAACAAAAAUCCGCAACCGCCAUUCAGGCGAAUUCAGCCUAUGAUUCCGAUUAUUUCACAGUUGCUUGAACACGAGGACUCUCAGGUUUUGGCGGAUGCAUGCUGGGCACUAUCCUACGUAACGGACGAUGAGGCCGCCAGGAUUGAGUGUGUUGUCGCUUCUGGGGCCGUGCCACGACUAGUUCGUUUGUUGGGUUGCGAGAAUCCUGCGAUUAUCACGCCUGCCUUACGAAGUGUUGGCAAUAUUGUUACCGGAAACGAUACCCAAACCGAUGCAGUUAUCGAAGCUGGAGCUUUGGAGUACCUCGGUAAACUUUUGCGUAACAGCAAGAAUAGUAUUGUAAAGGAAGCCGCUUGGACAAUUUCCAAUAUCAGUGCUGGAAAUCAACAACAAAUCGGCAAAGUGUUCGACUCGGGUGUAAUUCACAUAUUAAUUGAAGUCCUAAUUAAGGGCGAUUUCAAGUCGCAAAAAGAAGCAGCCUGGGCGAUUACUAAUAUCACUACCGGUGGUUCGACGGAGCAGAUCGUUCAUCUGGUGGAAAAGUACCCAAUGAUGAAACCGUACUGCGAUCUACUGGAAGCGAAGGAUAGUCGAACAGUUCGGGUGGUGCUCAGCGGAAUUAGCAAUGUUUUCCAGAUGGCUGAUAAGAUCGGUGGUACGGAGAAUCUUUGCACGUUGUUUGAGGAGAUUGGAGCAUUGGACAAGCUUGAAGCGUUGCAGAAUCACGAAAACGAGGAAGUGUACAAAAAGGCACUACAACUGAUUGAAGCGUACUUUAUUGACUCGGAGGAUGCCAAUCCGGAGAACGCCCCGAAGGAAGUAAAUGGUGCACUCGAGUUUAACCCGAGCUCGCAACAGGAAGGUGAAAAGUUCUCGUUCUAGAAACGCUUCGCCUAAACGCCGCGCCUCGUAUAGCAAAAUUGAGAAUAAGACUGGAAGGACAACUGGAUUGAUCUUUCGGUGUCUCGCGAUAAUUGUCACUCAUCGUCAUUAUUGUCAUUCGUUCAUUACUGGUCUAGUUGUACAUGGUGCCUUUCCACAAAUUAUAUCUGCCAAGCUUCUGCUACAUUUAGUGAGGUGAUAAUUUAAUAUACAAUUUCGUUUGAAAACAGCGUUGA